AUUUGAUAUGAUAGCUAUCUUGAAUUAGAAAGAAUUACCAAUAUUAAUAUUUCAUGGGAGGAAGAAAGAGAACCUUUAAAAUCCUCAAAAAACCUAAACCAAUGAAACCGAGAGCAUAUUUUGAUUGUGCUGUUUGUGGAUGGAAAGAUUGCAUCAUUAUUAAAAUGUAUUCUUAAUUUUAUCAAUUUACUCUAGCAAGAAAGGCUACAAAACUGCUAAGUUGGAAUGCGAAAGAUGUGAAACCAAAUUCGAUAUGAAAGUUCGAUCAUUAGAUGAACCUAUUGAUAUUUAUCAUGAGUGGCUUCAUAAAUUAAAAACUAAAGCUAUUACACCGUAUCCAAAUAGAAUGUAAGAUGAAUAUGAUGAUACAGGAGAUGAAGCCAAUGAAAAUGAUGUUGAAUGUAUUUCCUCUCAUUUUAUUGUAUUAGAAUUACUGAAAAAUCAAAAAGGGAAAAAAAAUACAAGGAAAAGAAUUAAAAGGAAUGCAUCCGACGAAGAAAUCUCCGCUAAGAAUGAUAAAGUAUCUGAUUCAGAAGAAGCUCUAGAUGAGGAUUAGGAUAUCUCUGAAGAUUCAUUAUUGAACAAAUAAAAAGUAGAAGACAACAUUGAUGAUAACUAAGAAGAUGAAAAAGAGAAUGACUAAGAAGACGAGAAAGAUGAUUCAGAGGAUGAGUCAUUUAAUAUUAAAGAAUAAUACAAAAGAAAAAGAGGUAAAAAAAAAUGA